AGCGCGGAGGAGAAGACACCUCCUCGGAGUUCGACGGGACGACGACUCGACGAGGGAGAUGCGAACCAGCGCUGCGGCUGCUGCUGCUGCGGCGGCGGCGGCCGGGGCAUCCGCCGCCGGAGAUGCGGGGCCAAGCUCCAGGGGCGGAGGUUCUGGAGGUGGGGCCCCCGCGCGCCCGCGGCGGUUCCCGGGGGCGGCGCAGCCGGAGGUCAUGCGGGCGGCGGAGAAGGACGACGGCUACGCCGCCCACGUCACCGAGGCCUGCCGCGACGCCUUCCGCCACCUCUUCGGUACCAGGGUCGCCGUUGCUUAUCAGAACGAGAUAAAAUUGCUUGGUCAAUCCCUUUAUUAUCUGCUAACAACUGGAUCAGGCCAGCAAACACUUGGAGAAGAAUAUUGUGAUAUAUCUCAGGUUGCAACUUCGCACGGACUUCCACCGACACCUGCUAGACGGAUCCUUUUCAUUUUGUACCAAACUACUGUUCCCUACCUUGCUGAACGUAUCAGCUCUAGAAUGGUUGCACGUGGUAUUGCCCUCACUGACUCUCAGCUUGAUGACCAUCCUGAAAGUGAUAGUUCUAGUAGAGGCACUUCAGCACAAUCAUCAAUUAAUCCUUCAAGAAGCUUGAGUUUUUCUUAUUUAUCAAGGUUGAGAGGCAGAGUCCAUACCAUGUGGCAAUGGGUUCUUCUGAAAUGGCCUUCGAUGCUGCCAUUUGCUCAAGAUUUUAUACAGUUAUCUAUCCGGGCAAAUCUGAUGCUCUUCUAUUUUGAAGGAUUGUAUUAUCAUUUACCGAAGCGAGCAGCUGGCAUUCGUUAUGUAUUCAUUGGGAAACCAAUGAAUCAGAGGCCCAGGUACCAAAUCUUGGGUAUUUUUCUGUUAAUUCAGUUAUGUAUUCUUGGUGCUGAAAGACUUCGAAGAAGUAACUUAUCAACAAUAGCUAGUUCGAUUAACCAAAUCUCAUCUGGAAGCUAUCCUUCAUUCACAGGUCGAGGUGUCCCUGUUCUAAAUGAAGAUGGAAACAUCAUCAGUGACACCCGCCAUGGUAAAACUGCAGAUUUGGCUUCUGGUUCAGAGGCAUCCAGUAGCAAGAGCAAAUGCACCCUUUGUCUCAGUACCCGCCAGAAUCCCACUGCCACAACCUGUGGUCAUGUCUUCUGCUGGGGUUGCAUUAUGGAGUGGUGCAAUGAGAAGCCUGAAUGCCCCCUAUGCAGAACUCCGAUUACUCAUUCGAGUUUGAUUUGUAUAUAUCAUUCAGAUUUCUAGCAAAUCAUUGCCCGGAGUCUCAGAUUCCAAGUAGCAAGUCAUCAUAUCGUUCUCCAGUGGAUUCAUCAAUAUGAUACACUGAAUCCAACAAAUUUUUGUGAGAACUCUGCAUUCUGAAGUGUUUUAGUGUACCAAGAGAGCAAGGAGAUUAUAAAGACCGAUGCUGUCACUCAACUGUGUUGUAGAGAGCUCAAAUAGCACAACCACCAAAACGGAAACCAGAUGUUCCUUUCUAGCGUAAACGGAUACCCAUGUAUAUGUACAUCUUGGAUACAACCUGGCACUUUAUAGGGUAGAACAGUGUCAUCUUCCUUCUAAAAGCCAGUGUCUGACUGGAAUCAUAGAGCAAAAUUCAUCAACAUGAAAUUCUGAAAUA